AUGGCUACUCAACAGAGUCCCCCGUUCAAGGUCGACCGAUACGUCGUCAUCCACGUCGCCACGACCUGCGACGAGCAUGGUGUCUAUGUGACCAAGGACUCGGCCGAGGUCAUCGAGCUUGGUUGGAUCCUGCUCGACGCAAACACGCUCGACGAGCUUCACCGCGAAAGCGUGCUCGUCAAGCCCGUCAACACACCCAUCACUCCUCUCUGCACGAGCCUGACCACCCUGACCUGGGAACAUGUUCGGAACGCCGGCACCUUCAGGGACGCCAUCAACCGCUUCGAUGCCUUUGCCUCCGAGCACCUGACCUCGCAAAACCUCGAGUUUGUCUUCGUUACACUUGAAGCUUGGGAUCUCCGUGUGCAGCUUCCCCGCGAGGCUCGCGACAAGUCGGUUGUCCUGCCUCCCUACCUGCAACACUCUCGGGCCUUUGAGCUCCGUACCGAAUAUCAGAGAUGGCAGCAGCACCACCCCGAGUCGCUGCCGUUUGGGCCUUCGUCCUUGGCGAACAUUUGUGCUGCCCUCGAGGUGGAGGCCGUUCAAUCCAGCGCCCCAAUCAAGCAUAACCUUCCGUUCCACCUGCAGGCCCUGGCUCCGGCCUCACCCCGUCGGGCUAUGGAGGAAGCCGUUACGCUGGCCCGCGUCCUGCGCGGCCUGAUCCGGAAGUCGCAGCCUCCACAUGAACAUCCCGACGUUCUUACUAGGCCAAUGGAUGCUCGUGCCGAUGUCCGCGCUUUUCUUUCUGAGCGCAGCAAGGUCUUGCACAUGUCCGGCCUCCCUCACGACACGACCCAGUCCGAGCUCGAGAGCUGGUUUACUCAAUUUGGAGGCCGUCCCAUUGCUUUCUGGACUCUUCGAACUCCGGAGCAGCACAAGCCAACCGGCACCGGCUUCGCCGUCUUCUCCUCUCACGAAGAGGCCGCCGAAAGUCUGUGCAUGAAUGGGCGUGCCCUGAACGAGAAGGCGAUCGAGGUCUCGCCGUCAUCAAGCCGUGUUUUGGAUCGGGCUGCCGAGAUCCUCACCCCUUUCCCGCCAAGCAAGAACCGGCCCCGGCCCGGUGACUGGACCUGCCCGUCUUGCGGCUUUUCCAACUUCCAGCGCCGUACUGCCUGCUUCCGCUGCUCCUUCCCUGCCGUCACUGCUGGGCCGACCGGCGAUAUAGGCUACGGCUAUGGCUACGCGCCCCCUGCCAUGAUGCCCCCGCCUCCCCACAUGGGUCACCAUGGCCAUGGCGGCCAUGGCCGCAUGGGUGGUUCUGGUGUUGUCCCUUUCCGUGCGGGCGAUUGGAAGUGCGGCAACGAAGUCUGCGGCUACCACAACUUCGCCAAGAACGUCUGCUGCCUCCGCUGCGGAGCUAGCCGAGCCGGUGCUGCCGUGGUUGCCGAUUCCGGCUACCCCUCCCCCAUGAACGCUCCGUCCUCGUACGGCCUGGGCCAGGAUUCCAUGGGCGGUAAUCCCGCCCCUGGCCCCUUCGGCUCAGCUGCGGGUGGCUUUAGCUCCGGCGCCGCAUAUGGCCAGCACUUUGGCGGUCCCCCGAGCACCUACGCUCUCCCAUCCGGUCUGGGCGGCGGUGCCGCGCCGUACCCGCCCCUGAACACCCACUUCGGUCCUGCUCCUGGCGCCCACUCUGCCGGACCCUUCGACAGCCGGGCCGCUGAGGCGGCUUUCCAGUCGGCAGGUAACGGAUCCGCAUCUGCCGGCCCUGGUAACAACUUUUAUUCGCAGAAUGAGAACGAUCCGUUUGCCUUCCUCUCCUCGGGUAUUGGUAGCCUGUCGGUCAGCAACCAAGAUGCUCGUCAGAACGGUGGUGGGGCACCCCAGAGCAAGUCGCCCGCAUAA